GACAGAUACAGAUACAGAGUGUGGCGAGUGAGGACAUGAGAAAAAAAGACAGGUUUCAAGAAGUUUGAAUUUCAAAGGGAAACGCCAGAUAGGCCAGCGAGAGAGGGAGGAAAAAGACUCACGCUGAGGGGUGUGUCAUAGCAAUUUAGUUCCUCAAGGAAGUAAAACUGAACAUUAUCUUAAGACGGCUGUUGAGCACUGACGGAGGCGACACAGGAGGGCUUAUGGGUUCUGGUUUUGUCCUUCAUGAAGAUGAGGGGAUCUCGCUAACUUGACCAGCCUGAGCUGUCAACCGGAUCCACAGAGAACCAUCUGACACCCACACGAGCAGGGAGGGGGACUGAGCAAACACUCAGGCAACCAUGGAUGCGUUCAGCUCCAAGGACAUGGCCAUGAAGGCCCAGAAGAAGAUCCUCAGCAGCAUGGCCACCAAAAGCUCUGUGCAAAUGUUCAUCGACGACACCAGCAGCGAGAUCCUGGACGAACUGUACCGGGUCUCCAAAGAGUACACGGGAAACAAAACGGAGGCCCAGAAGGUCGUCAAGGACCUGGUCAAGAUCGCCGUCAAGAUCGGCGUGCUUUUCCGGAACAACCGUUUCAACAAGGAGGAACUGGGAGUGGCUCAGGACUUCAAGAAGAAGCUCCACACGGGGGCCAUGACGGCCAUCAGCUUUUAUGAGGUGGACUUCACGUUCGACAAGACGGUGAUGUCAGAGAUUCUGUCCGACUGCAGAGACCUGCUGCUAAAACUGGUCAACACCCACCUCACCCCCAAGUCUCACGGCCGCAUCAACCACGUCUUCAACCAUUACUCCGACCCGCAGCUCCUGACGAAGCUGUACGACCCCAACAGCAACUUCCGGCCCAACCUCACCAGGAUCUGCAAAGGACUCAACAAACUGGUGGAGGACGGGACAAUAUGACACGUGCGGACACUGGGAGACUCAAAGACUGAGAUGUUGGACCUUUUUGUUGAACGAUGAGGGAUGUGGAGACGCGCGUGCUCCUCACGGUUCUCAGAGGACACGCUGGAGAAGUCGUUUCCUGAGUCUGUUAUAAAAGUGAUGCAUUCAUUUCCAGUUCAAGCGUGCCACUUUUGAGUAAAUAUAAUUGGAAAUCAAACUUGAGAAUGAGCAGACUUGAACUCUGUUACGCUUCCAGUGUUCAGCAGUUGAGAUCUAUAAAUGUUUUACAGAACUACUGAUAGUGAACGGCCUUCAGAGGAGGCUUUGUAUUCAAGCUGGUGGAUUUUAUGAACUGAAAAAAAAAAGAAAAAAAAACAUGGGAAAACACCACUUUAGGUCAGUACUGCCACCUAGUGGUUGACAAAUGAUACUUCAGCAAAAGGAAGUGAAUUGACUGAAGUUUUAGGAUAAUGAACCAGCAAUAAAGAUGGUAAACAGACAA